GCAUCAUAUCUUCUAGAGAGAGAGCGAGAGAGCGAGAGAGAGAGCUUUAGGGUUUCAAAAUCAAAACACUGAGACCCUUCAGACAAUCUCAUAUCGGGAAAAGCUUCUCAAUCUCUAUACAAAAUGGGAGUUGUCAUGAAUCACCAUUUGCUCACUAUCAUCUUCGGCAUCUUAGGAAACGCGGUAUCCUUCCUUGUAUUAGUUGCUCCACUGCCAACAUUUUAUAGAAUAUACAAGAAAAAAUCGACGGAGAGUUUCCAGUCGCUGCCGUACCAAGUGUCGCUGUUUAGCUGCAUGCUAUGGCUCUACUACGCUUUGAUUAAGAAAAACGCUUUUCUCCUCAUUACCAUUAACUCCUUCGGCUGCGUUGUCCAGACUAUUUACAUCGCCAUGUUUCUUGCUUACGCCACUAGGGACAAAAGGAUCUCGGCUAUGAAGCUGUUCAUAGCUAUCAACGUUGUCUUCUUCUCGUUGAUUCUACUGGUUACACAUUUCGUUGUCAAAACUCCAACUCUCCAAGUCUCUGUCCUCGGCUGGAUUUGUGUUGCCAUUUCUGUUGCUGUUUUCGCUGCGCCACUCAUGAUCGUGGCUCGUGUAGUAAAGACAAAGAGUGUGGAGUACAUGCCCUUCACGCUUUCUUUCUUCCUCACUAUAAGCGCCGUUAUGUGGUUCGGUUAUGGCUUAUUCCUCAAUGACAUAUGCAUUGCUAUUCCAAACGUGGUUGGAUUCGUGCUAGGGAUGCUACAAAUGGUUCUGUACUGUGUUUACCGGAACGCAAGUGAGAAACCAGAGAUCGAAAAGAAGAUCAAUUUGUCAGAACAACAACUAAAGAGUAUUGUCGUGAUGAGUCCGUUAGGCGUGUCGGAAGUGCACCCUGUCGUGACGGCAUCGGUGGGUCCACCCUCUGACGCCGUUCAUCAUGAGGAGCCGUCAAAUGGAAACCGCAAGUGUCACGUGGAGACUUCUCGUCCUGAAAACGUUUGAAGUGUCCAUACGUUAAAAUCAACAAAAAGAACAAGAAGAAGCAAAAUAUUUCUCUCUUUACUCUUUCGCUCUCUCUCGCCUCUCUGCUCGUACGUCGGGUCGGCCGAAGGAAGAAACUGAAUCGGCCUUUUGUUAAUUUCCAUUUUUGUUUCGCUAUCUUUAUUUGAUGUCCUACUUCGCUUAAAGUUUUGUGUUUCUUUUGAAUUAUCUUUCUUGUUAAGUUGUAGCUAGUGCUCCUAAUUAAGAAAAUUUGAUAUAAUAAACUAGAUUAUUCCCUAGUAA